AUGGGUCUCCUUAAUAGUCUCGGCAAGCCUCUGUCGUGGGAAGAAAUCAAGGCCCGGUUACGACGACACAUCCGACGCCAUGGACUCAUCCAGUUUGUCAGUCUUUACAACAAGCUGAAAGACCGGCCGUGUGACGUGCUGAAGUGGGGGGACGAGGUUGAGUACAUGCUGGUCAAGCUGGAUCAUGAGAACAAGCGGCUAAAGCUGUUACUCAAAGCGGAAGAGAUUCUCCCAACGCUGCAAGAGCAGGAAGAGAACAAUCCAAAGGGCGAUUUGAAAACACUCUGGCGGCCUGAGUACGCAGCCUACAUGGUGGAAGGCACACCGGGCAAGCCGUACGGGGGAUUAAUGGCACAUCUCAACACCGUAGAAGCCAAUAUGAAAUUCAGGAGGCAAGAAGUGGAAAAGCUACUGGACACAGCUAAAGGGGAGACAGCCCUCAGCUUGACUGCGUUCCCCAGACUUGGAUGCCCCAAUUUUUCCACACCGUCGUACAAGCCCAACCCUAGCGACGAAGGCGUCUCCAAGUCGCUCUUCAUUCCCGACGAA